UGCUCCUGUAAUCUUCAGGUGACUUUUGGGCUUCGUUCUGCGUAGCUGUAUGCUAGCACUAGCCGGCUAACUUGGCUGACUUUCAGCAGUCAGUCGAACAGAGCUCGAAGACUGGCUUUGAGCGGCAUGAGAGCACAAAGCGUCUAGAAAUGCCUAUGAAAGGAAGAUUUCCGAUCAGGAGGACGUUGCAGUAUCUGCAGAAAGGCGACAUAAUCUUUAAAAACCGAGUGAAGAUUAUGACAGUCAAUUACAACACAUACGGGGAGCUCAGCGACGGAGCAAGGAAAUUUGUGUUCUUCAAUAUUCCUCAGAUUCAGUACAAAAACCCGUGGGUCCAAAUAAUGAUGUUCAAAAACAUGACACCGUCCCCCUUCUUGAGCUUUUACUUGGAUGACGGUGAACAGGUGCUGGUGGACGUGGAAGGCAAGGACCACAAAGAAAUUUCGCAACACAUAAAGACCAUUUUGGGAAAAUCCCAGAUUGUGUUGGAGGGAGAAGCACAAGCCAAGAUGCAGUCGUCAAACCCUGCCAACUUUGGCCCCAAAAAGUACUGUCUGAGGGAGUGUAUCUGUGAGGUGGAUGGCCAGGUGCCUUGCCCUGGCACCACACCGCUGCCUAAAGAGAUGACGGGCAAGUAUCGUGCCCAGAUGAGAGCAGCACAGGAGUGAUUGUUAGAUGAAAAAAUUCUGACUUUUUCCUUUUUUUGAAAAUACACGAAGAGCUGCAGCCGGACAUUUUUGCUGCUGUUGUUGUCUGAGCCCACGCUUCAUGUUUGUGGGGGAUGUUGAAAGAAUACUGAAAGAGACGAUGGCUUGUGAAGAGUCUGGCGUUCGCACUGUGUCAUCAAAACACAUUCUCCAGUCUUGUAGACCUACUGCCGUAUGGAAAUAUGAGAUGAGUCACAAAGGAUACAUUUCAAAUUCAAUGUAGUUAACCCCUUCAAACUGAGCCAGACAAUCCAGCAGAGAAGAUCCAGCGGCGGUUGCUGGGUUCAGUGAAUGAGAGCGAAAAAUUCUGACAACUGGUGGGUGCUUCACCAUGACAACGCACCUGCUCACAAUCCCCUGAGCAUCUGACCCCCCCACCGUGCUGGAGCACGUUGUCAACUGACCCGACCUGGCUCUGUGGGACUUUGCGAAAAAACACCUUUUACUCCAUGCAAAUUACUUCAAUAGGGACAAAAUGUUGUUUUGAUUUUUAACAAUAUCUAUUGUGACACCAGUCCUGGAACUUUUCUGUCACACCUCAUAGCAUAGACAAUUUUCACACACAAAAAUUAAAUCUGAUUUGUUUACGUUUACCAAGAUGUUAAUAAACUGUUUAAAAUGUGAUUCUGCA